AUGGACCAUUCAUUGCCUUCCGCCUUGCCUUUUCCUUUUGACGCCGUGUCCCGUCCAUCGUACUAUGUGAGGCUCAACCAGGCUUUUGCGGAGCACAUUGCGGAACAUUGCAAGAUAGGCGAUUCGGUUUGGGUACAGGACUAUCACUUGAUGCUGGUCCCAGCCAUGCUCCGAAAGAUGGUUCCCGACCUCCAGAUUGGCUUUUUUCUUCAUACCGCGUUUCCGUCCUCCGAAGUUUUCAGGUGCUUAGCCACGGAUAAGGAGCUACUUAUAGGUCUACUCGGUGCCGACUUGCUCGGCUUCCAGAUCGACGAGUACUCUGGCCAUUUUCUACGAUCUUGUAGCAGAGUCCUUUCCGUUGAAGCUACCGACGAAGGGAUUCAAUUAAACGACCGCUUUGUCAACGUGGGUACAUUCCCAAUUGGCAUUGAUCCAACCUUGUGGGAUCGGCGAAGACAGCUAGCCGAUAUUAGGGUCUUGAUCGACACUAUCUUGGCUCGGUACCGUGGUAAGCGGAUCAUCAUUUCCCACGACAAGAUGGACUCUAUCGGGGGGAUCCGCCAGAAGCUGUUAAGCUAUGAACAUUUUCUUAACACAUACCGGGAAUGGGCAAACGAUAUAGUUUUGAUACAAUUAGUUACUAGCACUACACGGCAGCCCGACCUGGAAGCGACUAUAUCCGACAUUGCUCUACGCAUAAAUUCUGCCUAUACGACCCUUGAACAUCAGCCCUUGAUAUUUCUCAGGCAGGACCUCCUGUCUGCACAGUACGUCGCACUUAUCACGGUAGCAGACGUGCUGAUAGUCACCAGCCUUCGAGAGGGAAUGAAUCUGACCAGCCACGGGUUCGUUUACUGCCAAGACGGGCUCUGUAGUAAUAAGGCGUACGGAUCAAUGAUUCUCAGCGAGUUCACGGGUAGUGCAUCCAUAUUUGGUGAUAAUGCGCUCCUAAUCAAUCCUUGGGACUUCCGUCAGUGCGCAAAUGCAAUACAUACGGCAUUAGUUCGGAACCGGGAAGAGCGAAAGAAGGCUUGGGAGCAGCUUCACAGAUCACUAUUGGAUAAUACAGCAACAAAUUGGGUUAAGUCCUUUAAAGAAAGGCUGUCUCAUGUCUGCAGCAAACAGUUAUCGCACCGAAGGUGCACACUACCGUGUCUUUCCGUCGACCGUUUAAAAGAUCAAUACCGACAGGCGCGCCAUCGCAUGAUAUUUAUCCAAUACGAAGGCACAUUAGCACCCUGGAGACCCCCAAGUGGCGUCAUGUUUCUUGUCACGCCCCAACGUGCAGUAACAACCUUGAGCGACCUGACAGACGAUCCACUCACCGUCGUUUACGUGGUAAGCUCAAGAACACUGGAGGAACAGGAGCGACACUUCCGCCAUGUUGCUGGUGUAGGAUUGAUUGCCGAACAUGGGUGCUUUUUGCGUGAGCCGCACGCCACUGAAUGGAAGAAGUUGGUGAGCGAAGGGCAGACGGAUACGUGGAGAGAAGGGGUAUUCUGUAUCUUUGCAUACUUCCAUGAACGAAUGGAAGGUAGCUGGGUCGAAAUGCGCCACUUUUCGAUUGUCUUCCACUUCGGUUCGGUGGCCGACACAGCAAUGGCCAAGCGUCUCGCAGCUGAGUGUGCAGACCAGAUUAAUGAUGCCUGUGCCAAUCAGGGCAUUCACGCUAUUAUCUAUGAGUCUGCUGUGAUAGCCGAGCCUAUUAAUACGAACAAGCGUCCCGCGGCGGAAGUGGCGUGGCGCUACGCGGAAAGCUCCAACAAUUCAAAGCCUGACUUCUUGUUGAUCAUUGGUGGUGACCGUGAGGAUGAGGAUUGGUUCAGGUGGGCCAAUGAGAUGGAGAGCACUGGUGCAGUCGUUUACUCCAUGACAGCGACAAUAGGCUCACAAGGCUCUGAGGCUAAGACGAGGUUGACACAUGGAGUGACAGGCAUUCUUGAUUGCUUACAGCGACUGGCCUCCGACUAG